UCAUAAUGAAAUCGUCAAUCAUUAAUCAGAAAAUUAUAAUUUUAUAAUCAAUCGAAGUGACGACUCCCCAAUGAGGACGGCAGUGAACUUCCAUUUCGUGAUUACUCUGAUUGCCGAUUAAUUAUUGAUCGGUCAUUCGCCCGCAGUUCCAGUCUAUAGCCGUCACUGACAGUCGACCUGUUUUAGCACAACGUGUAAAAUAUCGUAUUUAUUCACAGCUGUUUGUUCGCGACACGGGAUGAAGACAGAUCGCAAAGCGCUAUCAAAUGUGCAAUCUCGUAUCACCCGAACACUUAACGUCUGAUAACACCUUGACGGCCUUCAUGAAAAUUCUGCGCUGUAUUCCGAGAAUAACAUCGUGACAUACAAAGGACGUAUAGUCUGAGGUGACAACAUAUCGGCAUAAUGAGAGCCAACGUGAUAACAACUCUAACCAAGAAGACUGCAUCGCGGUUGGAUUAUUUAUGUCGUCACCAAUCUACCACGAGCACAUGCACAUGCACCGCGUACGACCUGGUGAUCGUGGGCGGUGGUAUCGUCGGUUGCGCGACCGCCCGCGAGAUGAUUAUGAGACAUCCGAAUAUGAAAAUAGCCAUCGUGGAAAAGGAAAACGCACUGGCCAUGCAUCAAACGGGGCACAACAGCGGCGUGGUGCACUCCGGCAUUUAUUACACCCCUGAAAGCAUGAAGGCGAAACUUUGUGUGGAAGGUCUGAAACUGUCGUACGAGUACUUUUGCAAGAAUAACAUACCUCACAAGAAAAUCGGCAAGUUGAUUGUCGCUCAAAACCCAACACAAGUUAAGAGGAUAGAUGAUCUCUUCGAACGAGGAAUGAAAAAUAAUGUGCCUGAUCUACAAGUCAUUGAGAAAGACUGCAUUUCAAAAUACGAACCCAAGUGCAAGGGAGAAAAAGCUUUAUGGUCACCGUGGACUGGUAUAGUGGAUUGGACGGUCGUGUGUAAAUCCUUUGCCGAACAAUUUCAAAAAAUGAAGGGCGACAUUUUUCUCAAUUUCGAAGUAAUCGGAUUCGCGGAGAUGACGGAAUCAAAACCGAAAAGUCAACUAGUCCCCAUAGCCGUCCAAUCGAAAAACCAAUGCAUACCUACAAAAUAUGUGCUGACGUGCGCUGGUUUGCAUUCGGAUCGUUUGGCGGUGAUGACGGGUUGCGAUUUAAGUCCGCGAAUAGUACCGUUUCGCGGCGAAUAUCUUCUACUAAACGAAAACAAACGACAUCUCUGCACGACCAAUGUGUACCCGGUGCCCGACCCCAGAUUCCCAUUCCUCGGUGUGCAUUUUACACCCAGAAUGAACAGCGAUAUAUGGUUGGGUCCUAAUGCUGUUCUCGCAUUAGCUAGAGAAGGCUACAGUUGGUUUGACAUAAACAUAAGAGACUGCAUAGAGAUGGCAAAAUUUCCUGGUUUAUACAAAUUCUGCUUCCGAUAUUUCCUACCAGGUUGCAUGGAGAUGAUAAAAUCAAUUUUCUACCCAUUGGCUGUGAAAGAUCUUCAGAAGUUUAUUCCCGAAAUUACGUACAAAGACGUAAAAAGAGGACCAUCAGGAGUAAGAGCACAGGCACUGGAUAAAGAUGGCAAACUAAUCGACGACUUCGUUUUCGAUGGAGGUACCGGUAAAAUUGGAAGUAGAGUAUUGCAUUGUCGAAACGCGCCAUCACCGGCUGCAACCAGUUCUAUGGCGAUAGCGAAAUUUAUUGCCGAUAAACUUGAUCGUGACUUCAAAUUUUAAUAUAGGUAAUUGACAUACAUAAUUAUCUAAUCACUCAGAUAAAGUGCAAAGUGCAAGUAGAAGAAGCGUUUAAAAACAAAGAUUCCCAAAGAAGUUAUACAUACAAAGUUAUAAGAUUUUUUCUAUAUGUCACAUAAUUUUUGUAUUAAGCAAUUUAUUAUCUCCAAAAAUAUAUAUAUAUAUAUAUAUCUGUAUAUCUAUUUUAUGUACAUUAAUAUUUUAGUUAUUAUAAUCAUAAAUAUUUAAGAAAUAACUCAUGAUAAGAUAAUAGCAAAA